CUGCGCUAACUAAGAUGGUGGAAUUCGGGCAUCAUUAAAGAGGCUUUUUUAAUCUGUUUUAGUAUUUUAUUACACAAAUGAGUUAGAAUUACACUUCGUUCGCGGUGUAUUGUCUCUAUUAAACAAUUUGGUGAGCUUUCAAUUGCAAGUGCCUGUCAUAAAAGUUCAUUCAUUGUAGGAAUCAUGUCCUCUGAAGAUGAAAAGCCCCCAGCUCCCCCUGUCCGUUUAACUUCUAAUAGGGGGACAGAUCUGGCUAAUAGUUCUAUAGCAGUUGAUAGACCAUUGCCAAAAGAGCCUGAAGAUGCAGACAGAAAAAAGAAAGCACUCAAAUCUAAGAAAACACUCAAACAUUCAACUUAUUGCGAUAAGCCUGAAAUCUCAUAUCCUACAAACUUUGAACAUACAGUGCAUGUUGGUUUCGAUCCUAUAUCUGGGGAGUUUACUGGUAUGCCUGAGGCUUGGUCGAAACUGCUCAUGAACUCAAAUAUCAGUAAACAAGAACAAAAGAAUAAUCCUCAAGCAGUUCUUGAUGUUUUAAAUUGGUAUGACAAUACUUCAAAGGAACCCCCUACUACGAAAUAUAUGACUAAAGCCACAGCUACCAAUUCAGGUUCAUCAUUGAGUCGAGUAUCAAGUUCAAGUCCAAGUAGUACAACACCAACUGAAGGUGAAGGCGGUAGCCAGAACUUGUACCACAGUCCUGUUCAUGCUGUAAGUUCUGAAAUAGAAGACGAAGCACCACCACCUCCUAUUGCCAGUCGGCCAGAACGUACGAAAAGUAUAUACACAAAACCAUUACAAGAAGAACAGAACAACACAAACAGUGUUAGUACACCUACUCACAGUUUGAGUCCAGCUCACAUAACUGGACCACAAAUCGUAAAUACAAAUUCCACUACUAGCGCACCCGUCUUGGACAGAAACAAGAAUCAAGCUGGAUCUGAAAUGUCUAGGGUGGCUUCAGAAAAAAGGAAGAAAAAAAUGUCUGACGAAGAAAUACUAGAGAAGCUUCGGAGUAUUGUAUCAGUGGGGGAUCCCAAUAGGAAGUAUAAUAAAAUCGAUAAAAUUGGACAAGGUGCCUCUGGUGUGGUUUACACUGCAAUUGAAAGCUCAACUGGGAUGGAAGUAGCAAUCAAACAGAUGAAUCUAUCCCAGCAACCCAAAAAAGAACUGAUCAUAAAUGAAAUUCUAGUCAUGAGAGAGAAUAAGCACGGGAAUGUCGUUAAUUAUUUAGAUAGUUAUUUAGUAAACGAGGAACUCUGGGUGGUCAUGGAAUAUUUGCCGGGAGGUUCCCUGACUGAUGUAGUGACGGAAACAUGUAUGGAUGAGGGUCAAAUUGCGGCUGUGUGUCGUGAAGUAUUACAAGCAUUAGAUUUUUUGCAUUCGAAUCAAGUGAUCCAUAGAGAUAUCAAGUCUGACAAUAUAUUGCUUGGGUUAGAUGGAUCAGUUAAGUUGACUGAUUUUGGUUUCUGUGCUCAAAUCAGUCCUGAACAAACUAAGAGAACGACUAUGGUUGGGACACCAUAUUGGAUGGCUCCAGAAGUAGUUACUAGGAAGCAAUAUGGUCCUAAGGUUGAUGUAUGGUCACUAGGUAUCAUGGCAAUCGAAAUGAUUGAAGGUGAACCGCCAUAUCUCAAUGAAAAUCCUUUGAGAGCCCUUUAUCUUAUUGCAACUAAUGGAAAACCAGACAUAAAAGACAAGGACAAACUCUCUCCUGCCUUUCAGGAUUUUUUAGACAAGUGUUUAGAAGUAGAUGUAGACAAGAGAGCUUCAGCAAAAGAUCUGUUAAAACAUCCAUUUUUGAAAGUGAGCCGACCUUUAGCAAGUUUAACGCCUCUAAUUUUGGCAGCCAAAGAUGCCACAAAGCAGCACUAGCAUUAAACAAAAGAAUGAUAAACAAAAACAGUUGUAUUAUAUGUGACAAACUAUUUAACCCAUGUUACUAGAAAUGCAUAGUUUAAAAAGGAGUCCGUAUGUAAUAUAGUCGUGUUUUAUAUAUAUGAUAUAAAUAUAAAUGAAUAUAUAUUUUCUCUUCUUGCAAUUCUAGUUAUAUGGGUAGAUGUAGCAUUUUACUUUUUUUUUGAGACAAGCAUUUAGAUAGAGUAAGUUUGUACGAGUUAAAAAUUGUAAAUCACAGGAGCAGUGUGCCUAAUCCAAGAAUAUAAGAUUUUAUGUAUCUUUGAUAUUUUCAUGAAGUAUUUUAAUUUAUACUUUGAUCAGAGAUAGGAUUUUGGGAUGCUUCUUUCUAUUAUAUCAGGAAUUUUAUGGAUCUAAAUAUUUUAUAUGUAAAAACGGAUUUAGUAACUAUUUCUCUAAUGCUGAGUGUAAGUCUUAAAUUUCAAGUUGAUAUAAACUGAUUCAAUUUAUACCCUAAUAAUAUUAAAUUUGAAUCAUAUCAAUCAAUGAAAUAUUGCAACAGAAAUCUGAUACUAUAAUUAGACUAAAUUAUUGUAAGCAAUUAUUUUUUACAAAUCAAUUUAUUUCAUUGGAAUUUUGUUGAUAUCUAUUUAUAAACUUGAAAUUGGAAUCUGUGGCAGAAAAUGAGUUUGUCUAUGUCGUAGCUUCUCAGUAACAUAUAUUUUUGAAACCUUUUCAUAGUGUUUUAUAAGGAUUUUUAUGGAUCUCUAUAACUAUUUGUUUUUAUUAGUAUUUUAUUUAUUAUUAUGUGUUAUAUGAAUUGUAACUGAAUGAUAUGAUUCAAAAUAUUUUUUAGCAAAUAUGAUAGAUAUCUUUGAAGUAAUAAUUAUUUAUUGCCCAAUGUUUUGAUUGUUUUUUUGUGAUUUUCAUUUCUGAAGUACUAUAAAAGGAGAGCUAUUCUCAAAUUUCUGAUCUCUUAGAGCUUGUGAGGUAGAUAUACAAGAUUUAAUGCUACUAUUUUUGAGAUGAUAGUUAGAUGUUUGAUCCAAUUAUGUCUGAAAGAAUUCGUGACUCAAUCGGAAAUAUUUUAAAGGAAUAUGGUCGAUUUUUUUUUAUUGUCAUAUUGCUCUUUAUCAUAUCAUUAUUGUAAAGUGUCAAAUCUUGAGGUGUGUAAAGAAAAAAAUGAUAUGAAAAUAUUGUUACAUUUGUAUGAGCUGCAUUUUUUUGAAGAAAAAGUCAAGAGGUAUUUUACCAAAUUUUAUAAUAAUAUAUUGACUCAUACAGAUAAGAUUUUUUUCGAAUACAAUGUUUGAGAUCCAUAAGACUUCAGUAUAUCUCUGUCACUUUUUAAUUAUGUUAUAGAUACAAAAUACUCUGUAUUUUAUUACAUAUCUUCAGUUAUCUAAAGAUGGAACAAUCUGUCGAGCAAUGGUCAAAACUGCAAAACUAAUUAUAUUGAUUGUGCUAAACAUUUAAGCAUAUUCUGUUUGAGUCAAUUAUUUCAAAUUUGGAAGCGAUUUAAAGUCCGAAAUAUCAAUGUCUAGUGAUGCGACUUUGAUUCUUAGAACGAAAGGAGGAUUUUACAUUGAAAAUAUUUUCCUAUGGAAUACAAUUGAAUAAUACUCUACAUAAUUAUUUUUAAAAUGUGAAUGCUUUUUAGCUUUAAAUGGAUUUUAAUUUCCAAGAAUAUUCAAGUUUAACUUUAUAUUUUUGAAUGCGAUAAACUGUCAUGUAAUGUAUGAAUAUUUUCUGAUAGACAAUUUUUUGAUUCAUUUGUUCAGGAACUUCAUAAAACUUUCCAAUUUUAUUCAGUAUAAUCUUUUGAUGAACCUCUUUUAGAUGUAUCUGUCAAUAUCCCCUUCAAGAGUGGGGUUGAUUGAAAUUUUUAUUUGGAAAAAUUAGAAUUUAUUUGUUUGUGUCUUCGAAUUCAUUCAUUACUUUUUUUUAGAUAUAUCUAAUUGGCCUUAAUAAAAGAGAGAAGUUAUAAAUUUGACGUGUUGAUAUCUUGUAGGUAGUCAUCACCACUAUUUUGAUAAUGUGAGCUCACACAAGGAGUAGUAAUGACAGGCUUCUUUGAGUUUUAAUUCAUAUUUUUGAAAAAUGUUCAUAUUUAUACAGAUUCUGUCAGACUCAACUUCGUUUGUGAUAUUCAAAUAAAUAAGUCUUAUUCAUGUCAACAAGUACGAAUCUAUUAUAAUCAAGAAACCUUCAUGCAAACUAACACUGGAAAGAAGAUGCAAUCAAGUUUCAAUUAUCUGAUAUAUGGCUAUUCUUGUUGUGACAAUAAAAACUUUCCAAAUAUUAAUUUACUUUAAUUUGAUUGUUUAUUAUUUUUGAGUCUGGUUUUUAUUGAAACAUGAUAGUGUCUCCUCUGUGACUGCAAGAUAAAUGAUGCAUAAAUCUAGUUCUAAUUUUCAAAUAGAUCUUCCAGUAGAUAUUAACACUUAUAAUUCGAUAACAUUCACAGGUUCACAAUAUUCUAUUGUGGACUUAAUUUUUACUCACAUCCAAUUUUAAGGCCUAAAUAAAAGUUGAAUUUAUCAGCAGAAACAUAAUAUUCAUUGCAUAUUUCUAGCAUUAUUACUCUUCAUUGAAUUUAUGACAGAAUGACAUUCAAGAUGUUUUCAAUUUUAUGAAACGUGUAUUAUAUCUAUCGCUUUUUCUACUUAUAUCUUAGUUUUUCAAAGUAUUUAUUCUCAUAUCAUUAACUGAUUAGUAUCUGUUGAUUAUAUUUUGUUAAAUAUUAAAUUUUUGUAAAUAAA